AUUAAAAUUUAAAAACUAAUUUUUCCAAAUUUUGCUUUCAAUAUCUUGGCAAUUAGCUUACCGAUUCACUGUCUUUUGUAGCCAUUUGAAUGAUUUCAUUGGAAGGUAUAUUUGUGCAAAAUAAUUCUUUUGUAAUCCAAUCUUGUAUAACAUCUUCAAUAGUGUUUUCAUAGCCAUUUAAUUGACGUAUAUCAUUCAAUAAAUCAUCAGACUUGGGUAUUAAAUUACUUUCAUUUUCAUGCUCAAAAAUUUCACUGAUAAUAAUUUUUCCGAUAUUUUUAAAUCAUAGCUAGAUCUACGGCUGUUCAUGCAUUACUAAUCCAAUAAAUGAUGUUUUUUAAUGAGAUACAUUUUAGAAAUGUUAUGAUAUAUGUUAAUUCCAUUUUUUGGGACGUUUAAAGCAGAACACAGAAAUUAUAAUGUGAUCUGUAACGUCUUUUUCAAUUUUCAAUUAUACCUAGGGCCAUUGAUUGGAUUAGAGAUGUUGUGUUUGGUGGUAAAUAAUAGACUUUGAUAUUAUUCGCUGACAAGGUUUUAACUGAUAGAUAGCGAGGUGCAUUAUCCAAAUAUAGAACAGCUUUUGAAGAUAAUUUCUUCUCUUUCAAAAAUGCACUUACUCGAGGAACAAAUUAUUUUUUGAACUACUUUUAAAAAAUGUUUGAGUCUAUCUAUACACUUUUUUUACUUGUGUAGUAAAUAGGAAGUACAUUUUUAGAAGUGUUUUUUAAUUUUCUUAAACGGAUUUGUAGAUUUUUCGAUAAUGACAAUAGGUAAUUUUAAUGAUCCAUCCACAUUGGAACAAACCAUAGCUUUAACACGAUCUUUACUUUGUUUGAAUCCAUAAGCUUGACAUUCUUUAGCUCCUGCCAAAGUUUUACUCGGCAUUUGAUAAUUUAGACCAGUUUUGUUAGCAUUAAAUACCUGAACUGGCGUGAGACUUUUUCGAUAUUUUGUUCUAAAUCCCUUUUAAACUUUUUCAUAGCUUCUACGUCAGCAUUAAUUUUUUUUGCCGCGAAAAGUUAUAGAUCGAAUGUCAUUUCUUAUUUUCCACUUGCUCAACGAUCCAUCACUAGCAAUGAAAUUUUCAAAAAUAUUUAUUUCUUUUGCUAACUUUAAGGCUUUUGCUAAAUAUUAAAUAAUUUAAGACCUUAUAAUUAAUAUAAUAGAUUAAUAAAUAAACAAUAAUAAUUAAUAAGUGAUCAAUAACAAUAAUUCGGUGAAUUAAAACAAUCCCUGGACAUAAAAAUAGUUCUGAAUUUUUAGUAUGUUACGACAUAAUUUUAAUAUAUUAAUAAGAAUCGUACAUUUCUCAAACCUCAAGAUACUAGCUAGGUUAACAUAACCCAAGCAAAUGUUGAAAUUCGUGUUGUUUUUAAACGGUGAAAUGUAGGGGAGCCGGGAGCGGAGGUGGGAGAACUUUGAGAUCCCAAACAUUUGUCCACCGCUUGGUGGAGCCACUAUGCCUUUAGGAGCUGAAGGGCAAGCAUUGCAAUUCUUCGCUCGGGUAUUUUUCACCCAGUUAGUACAGAACGUGACAAAAUUGGGAAUUAGGUUAAUCAAAAGCAAGAAACAAGAUGGACAAAUACGAAAAAAAGAUUGCAGAAAUGCAAAAGUACAUUCCAUUCCUGGAAGCGAUGAUCAAGAGGUUGCAAAACGUUAAGGAUAAAGAUAAUCGAGAAAAUCAAUUGCAGAAAAUGCAAAGUCUGCACGAAAUUUUAUCAAACAACAAACAAAAGUUAAAGAUCGAGACGCUGGAACAUUGUGAAAAUGUUUUGCAGAAGCUAUAUAAUAGAGUAGAAAAGUUUGGCCAAAAACAAGAAAUGGCAAGUAACAAGAUGGACGAAUAUGACAAAAAGUUUGCAGAGAUACAAAAGUACCUUCCAUUCCUGGAAGCGAUGAUCAAGAGGUUGCAAAACGUUAAGGAUAAAGAUAAUCGAGAAAAUCAAUUGCAGAAAAUGCAAAGUCUGCACGAAAUUUUAUCAAACAACAAGCAAAAGUUAAAGGUCAAGACACUGGAACGUUGCGGGGAUGUUUUGCAGAAUCUAUAUAAAAGAUGUAACGAAGCAGAGGCAAACGUUUGCGACACUGACACACUGGAUCCACUUUCACGUUUGCUUUCAUCAUUGGAUUUGGCUGAUGAAUAAUCUUUUAUAUGCUUGUUAUCCUUUGUAUACAAAAUAUUCUUUAAUAAUAUUUUAUAAGAAAAGCGAUUAAAGCUUAUUUUUAAAACAUACAUACAAGGCUUUCUGUAACAUUUAUUUACACUUAAUUUUUACAAUUGAUUAAAUUCUUAACUGACAUAUAAACAUAUGUUGAAUUAUAUUUAUUACACACACACACACAUACAUAUUAUAUAGCAUGAUAAGGGAAAUGUCGAAAGUAAUUUACACAUAGUACAAUUACGAAAAUGAUACACAUUUAUAAUGUCCUAUCAUAAGAACGUUUUCUAUCUCUCCUGUCAAUGUCAUCCUAUCGUAUCAAAUAUCUUUCAAUUUUAAUCUGUUAUGGUUACACCUUCGAAUAAUUUCAUAAUGGUCACACUGGGUUUACUGAAUCUCUACGUAGAAAACCAGUCGCCAUUUUUUUUUAUUUUAUAGAAAAUUUUCAACACUGUAUUUUCUUGACAGUAUAUUUUUAAAUAAAAAUUAGUUAAACAGUAGGUUUUGAAAAAAAUGUAUUUAUUUUGAAGUUUAAAAUGAUAAAUAAUGAUAAAUUAUGACAAAAAAUGUAAACUCAAAGAGAUAAUUUAUAGGAAGUAAAAUUGGGUGAAUAAAUUUGUUUUUUUUUAUGUUUAGCAAUACAUAAUUGUAAAUUUAGCGUGGGGUUCACUGGACUCCCCAGUGACCACAACUGGUUAAUAUAAAAAUUUACUGAUGAGAAAAUAGUAUGAAUCUACAUAUUAAUUAUAUAUCAGAUAUAUAUUAUCUAUAUUACCUAAGGAAGAAUAACACAGCCACACAAAAAAAGAAAAGUGAUUGUUACUGGGACUCCACUAAUCAAUCUCUAUAUAUGUAUUUUGACAUGCUGAACAUAAAUCCGGUGUGACAGACCACUUUUAUUUUUUUGUGUGCCUGUGUAAUUUUUCAACAAAUCUGAUAGAGCUUUUUAUUUGUAUAUAAUUACAUCACGUUUUGAUCCAAUGCUUUUGUUCCUUAUUAAAUGGAAAGAUUUAAGUAUUACAUCAAAAUAAUUAUUAUGGAAACACUGUAAUAAAUCUGUGAGUUUAUACCUGCAAAUUACUGAUACGUAUAAUGCCUUCAGAGUCAAAAGAAUGUAAUAUUUGGUCAAAAAAGUUAAAAUUGCGCUUUAUGGGAAUUAAAUCUAGAAACACACUUAAAUUAUGUGUAUACCAUUGAGUUGUAAUGUUACUAUUCAAAAUAAUUAUGUCAUUAUGUAAUUAUUAUACAAAUAAAGAGAUCUUAUUAGAUUUAUUAUUUUCUCUGGCGACAAUAUUAAGUAUUAUCCAUAUAUUUAAUAUCUAUAUAACCUUUUUAUAUUUGUUUAAUGUAAUCCUAGCAGUCGCUAUCAAAAAUAUCAUAUUUUCUCAAUAUAAUCAUUUAUACUGAA